CCUGGCUGGGGCGGGGAGGGAGGGGUCGGGAGCCGCAGAGCCUCAGGCUUCCGCCCGGCCCCAGGUUCUUGGGAGCUCCGCGGGUCCCGGCCCAGAUAUCCAGAAAUUAUUCCAAAGGACGCAGGGCAGGUGGAUGAUUUAAUUGGCCUGUGGCUGACCUGUGCCCACUCUGAGCUCCCCCUGAACUAAUCAGAGCCUUGUCAGUGACGCACCUCCACACCCACUAAGGGGCACGUAAGACAGAGGAAGCUGAAGUCCGGGGACUCUUAAGACAAAGGCCGGGCCUGGCCCAGGUGACAAACAGGAAGUGCUCAGGCAUCCAGGAGACACACCUGGCUUUCAGAUGAGGAAGACUGGGGCCUGUUGGAAGUACAAAGCACAGCCCCUGCACCCUCUGCCCCUGAGAGCUCCAUGCAGGUGCCACAGGAUGGAGAGGACUUUGCUGGCCAACCCUGGUACCACGGCCCACUGUCCCGCCAGAAAGCUGAGGCCCUCCUCCAGCAAGAUGGUGACUUCUUAGUUCGUGCAUCUAAGUCCCGUGGGGGCCACCCUGUGAUCUCCUGCCGUUGGCGGGGCUCAGUCCUACACUUCGAGGUGUUCCGUGUGGCCCUGCGCCCCCGGCCAGGCCGACCCACAGCCCUCUUUCAGCUGGAAGAUGAGCGUUUCCCAAGCCUGCCUGCCCUGGUUCGCAGCUAUGUGACCGGCCAGCGUACACUGUCCCAGGCCACUGGAGCUGUGGCGUCCAGGCCAGUGACGCGGCAAGGACCUAUUCGACGCAGCUUUAGUGAAGACACCCUUCCAGAUGGCCCGGCUUGGACAGAGCCACUCAGGGCUAGGAAGCGGAGUGACAGUCAGCCCGCAGGCUUGCAGCAUAUGGAGCAGCCAACAGAAGACCACCCUGGUUCAGGAGCUUCCACUAUGCCUGCAUCUGCCCUGCCUCGGACAGGUAGUGACUCCGUGUUGCUAAAGGUGCCCGUUCCCCUGGGGUCCAUUGCUGACAGCCUCAGGGCCUCUGAUGGGCAGCUUCAUGCCAAGGCACCAACCAAGCCACCUCGAACAUCCUCACUGAUGCUGCCUGAUGCCUCUGGACGCCCCCCAACGUACUGUGAGCUGGUGCCCCGAGUGCCCGGGGUCCAGGGAACACCUCCUGGCCAUAGCUGCCCAGAGCCAGAGGCGCCAUGGUGGGAGGCUGAGAAGGAGGAGGAGGAGGAAGAGGAGGAGAACAGAUGUUUUGCAAGACCGCAGGCAGAGGUCUCUUUCUGCCCACCUGACAACCCCUUCUUCCUGCUGGGCUCCCAGAAUCGGCCCCUGGAAACCGAAGUCCUGCAUACUCUCCAUGGCCUGUUCCUGGAGCACCAUCCUGGGAGCACCGCUCUCCACCUGCUAUUGGUGGAUUGCCAGGCGACUGGCCUCCUGGGAGUGACCAAGGCCCAGCGGGGCGCCAUGGGGGUCGCCUCUGGUCUGGAGCUGCUCACACUUCCCCAUGGGCAUCGCUUGAGGUUGGAACUACUGGAGAGGCUCGAGACGCUGGCACUGGCGGGGGCGCUGGCAGUGCUGGGCUGCGCAGGGCCGCUGGAGGAGCGCGCGGCCGCCCUGAGGGGCCUGGUGGAGCUGGCCCUGGCGCUGCGGCCAGGGGCGGCGGGAGACCUGCCCGGACUGGCCGCGGUCAUGGGCGCCUUGCUCAUGCCCCAGGUGUCGCGGUUGGAACGCACGUGGCGCCAGCUGCGAAGGAGCCACACCGAGGCUGCGCUGGCCUUCGAGCAGGAGCUGAAGCCACUGAUGCGGGCGCUGGAUGAAGGCGCCGGACCCUGCGACCCGGGGGAGGUGGCGCUGCCGUACGUGGCGCCCGCGGUGCGCCUGCUGGAGGGCGAGGAACUUCCCGGGCCCUUGGACGAGAGCUGCGAGCGGCUGCUGCGCACCCUGCACCGGGCGCGUCUGCUGGCCCGGGACGCGCCCAGAUUCCGCGAGGCGGCGGCUCGGCGCCUGCGAGGAUUCCGCCCCCACCCGGAGCUGAGAGAGGCCCUGACCACUGGUUUCUUGAGGAGGCUGCACUGGGGGAGCCGAGGAGCUGGGGCGCCGUGGGCCACACGUCUUGAGAAGUUCCAGCGCGUCCUCAGCGUCCUGUCGCAGCGCCUGGAGCCUGACCAUUGAGAGCACAGACCCCCCUCUUCACGCUGGGAUACCAAGGCUUCCAUGGAGACCAAGGAAGCCGCCCAAGCUUCCUCACACAGCCAAAUGCAGUGGGGACCUGCACCCUGCCUCACAGGAGGGGACCUGGUUUGCAAGAACCCACCCUGUGCCCUAAAAAGGCACACUGAUCCUGGCGGAGGGCAGCCUCCUCCCCACACUAGAAGACCCAGAUGUCUGGAGGCUCUGGACGCCCUCUCCCACCUGCCCCCUCGCAUAUCCCACAAAGGGUGAACAUGUGGCUUUUAAUGUUAAAGAGAACUUGCAGAUCUGUAAGAGGCCUGAGUUCAAAUACGUUUUAAAAGCUGUGUGA